AUGACGGCGGCCGAUGCGGAGCUCUGGAGUCCUGGAGCAACUGAAGCGGAGGCACGAGAUUUCGAACGCAUCUUGGAGAGGGAGUUCUCGGCUUGGUCGGCACGUUCUUCGGCAUCCUCGAGUUGCUUCUUCGACUUGCUUCUUCUGGGUCUUCAACUUCUGUUGGAGUUUGUCAAUGAGAUCUUGGAGACGUUCGAAGUUCUUCUUGUCCUCAUCAACCUGGAAUUGGAGUUCGCGAACACGUCUGUCGGCACGUCCGAGGUUCUUGUUAGCAUCUUGGAAGCGGCGUUGUUCUCCGUCCAAUUCGGAUUCGAGUUCACGGACACGUUGCUCGAGCUUGGCGAUGACCUAGAAAUAAGGAGAUUGAAAUAUCAGAUUAUGUUUCUGUUGAUAGGUCAAGCUGCUGACUUGGGCGUUGGCUUCGUUGGCUUGGUCACGGGCAUCGGCGGCUUCAUAUUCGGCUUGUUUGCGGGCUCUCUCGGCGGCUUCGUUGGCAACCAAAAGUUCCUCCUUCUCGGAUUGCAGAAGAGUGGCGCGCUUCUCGGCGUUGAAGAAUUGUUCACGGGUGUCGGCUCCAUUGCGUUGCUCCUCCUCGACUUGCAAUUGCAACUCGCGGAUUUGCUCUUGGUAUCUCUUCAAGUUCUUCUGGGCAUCAGCGUUGGCCUUGUUGGCGUGGUCCAAAGCAAUCUCGAGCUCGUUGAUGUCAGCCUCGAGCUUCUUUUUGACGCGGAGAAGUUCGGCCUUUCCUUUGGCUUCGGUCUCGAGGGAAGCUUGCAUUGA